AUGGAUGAGAUAGCUCAUGUCCCAGGUGUUUCUGAAAUAGCUCAUUUGCCGGGUGUUUCUCAAAUUGCUAAUUAUGUGAUUACAUUUAUUAAGGAUCAAAUUGGGUACAUAUCCUCCUACCAGGAAAACCAUGAAAAGCUUAUGACCGAGGUUCAAACUCUGGAGGAUAUUCAGGUUCUUGUGAAGCACCGGGUUGCUGAGGCCGAAAGGAAUGGAGACAAGAUUGAAAAUAUUGUACAGAACUGGCUCAAGAACGCAAAUGACAUGAUUGCUGAGGCAAAUAAAGUUAUUGAUGUUGAAGGAGCUACAUGGUGUCUGGGACGAUAUUGUCCCUCUCGGUGGAUAAGAUGUCAGCUGAGCAAGCGUUUUGAAGAAACGACAAAAAAGAUUACAGAUCUCAUAGAGAAAGGAAAAUUUGAUACAAUUUCUUACCGUGAUGCUCCUGAUAUCACAACUACACCAUUUUCUAGAGGUUAUGAAGCACUGGACUCCAGAACAUCAAUGCUGAAUGAGAUUAAGGAAAUUCUUAAGGAUCCUAAAAUGUACAUGAUUGGGGUGCAUGGGAUGGGUGGCGUGGGCCAAAUUGCUGAUGCAUUGUGGGAUCGGAAGCUUAAAAAAGAGACAGAAAGUGGAAGGGCAAUAGAACUGCGUGAAAGGAUAAAAAAGCAGGAGAAAGUUCUUAUUAUUCUUGAUGACAUUUGGAGUGAACUUGAUUUGACGGAAGUGGGAAUUCCUUUUGGUGAUGAACACAAUGGUUGCAAAUUGGUGAUAACUUCCAGAGAACGUGAAGUGCUGAUAAAGAUGGACACUCAAAAAGAUUUUAAUCUUACAGCUUUACUGGAGGAGGAUAGUUGGAAUUUGUUCCAGAAAACAGCAGGUAAUGUUGUUAAUGAAGUUAGUAUAAAACCAAUUGCAGAAGAAGUGGCAAAAUGUUGUGCUGGUUUGCCUCUUUUGAUCACAGCCGUUUCGAAGGGUUUGAAAAAAAAGGAAGUCCAUGCUUGGAGGGUUGCCCUAAAACAACUAAAGGAAUUUAAGCAUAAAGAGUUGAAGAAUAAUGUCUACCCUGCUUUGAAGUUAAGUUAUGAUUCUUUAGAUACAGAGGAAUUGAAGUCAUUAUUCUUAUUCAUUGGUUCAUUUGGACUAAAUGAGAUGCUCACUGAAGAUUUGUUAAUAUGCUGUUGGGGGUUGGGCUUUUAUGGUGGCAUGGCCAAAUUGAUGGAGGCAAGAGACACAUUACACAUUAAUAAAUGA